GGUUGUGUUGUGCGUCGUUCCUGCGCCAGUUUCCCGGGGAGGAUCACCUGCAAAUAAUCCUCGUAGCUCGCAAUCUGUUGAAGGCGUGUUGUAUACACUCAUCAUGGAUUAUACAGCAUCCAAGAGGGCAUGCUUUUGGAUCCAAUAAAUGCAUCUAUCAGCUAAGGAUGCUGUAGACUGGUCCGCAGCGUGCUCCACACCUAUCAGGAUGAAUGGGGAGCUGCCAAACUCCAACACGCCGGUCACCACCCUUGCCGGCAUAUUUAGCCUCUCUGACCUUCUGCCGGAGCUGCCGCUGCCGACGCCAAUGGAGCAAACCCUCAACAACCGGUCGCUGCUGUUCCACCCGCGUGUGGCCGAGGAGGCGCGCCGGCUGCUCACUGUGCGCGACAACAGCCUGGUGCCGCAGCUGGCGGAGGCGCUGGCCAACACCUCUGCCGAGCACAUCGAGCUGAAGGAUCCGCCGGCGGCAGCGGCUGAGGCACCGGACACCGAGCCGGAGCUGCUGCGGGCGCUGCGUCAGCUUAACAAUCAGCUACUGUCGCACCCAGUGGUGAACCACGCGGCCGAGAGGGUGGCCGUCCCUGCUCCGGCGGCGGCCGGCCCGAUCCCGGCCCAGUUAGUCGCCGCCGCCUCGCCGGCGCCGGCGCCGACGCCGUCGCUGGCUGUCAGUGUUGCGCCGAAGGACGCGGACGCAGUGGUGAAGGCGGAGCCGUGUGACCGUGGGGAACAGAGCCCGGACGCCGGCGCGUCGUCAAAGGACUUGGCCAAAAGCAGACAGCUCGUGGUGUUACUGAAGAGCAAUCCGGAGGAUGAGGCACUGAUGCAGAAGUGCCUGGAGGAUCUGAAGAAGUCUAAGCAGCAGACGCCCGGCGGCCGCACGCCGCGCAAGCCCAAGUACCGCGACACGAGCAGCGACGACAGCGACGUCGAGCGGCGGCCCCGAAACAAGUAUUUCAAGGCGAAGGAGAAGGAGCGUGACCUGGCCAAGAAGAAAGAGAAAGAGGAGCGUAAGAGGAAACGGCAGCAGGACGGUGACUGCAAACCUGAGGAGGACUCGGAGAGCGCAGCAAAGCGAAUCAAGCGAGAGGGAGAGCUGGUGGAUCGGAUCAAGAACUCACGCCGCUUCGAGCGCCGGUUGGUCCCGACUCUGGAGAAGCUGAGCGCCGAGGAGUUGAUGGAGACCAACACGUACCAGCGCUUCAACCAGUCGCUGGAGCUAAUCUUGGACGGCGCCGAGGAGCUGGACCUGCUGGCCGAGACCGACGAGGACGCCGAUGUACCUCAAGAGGCGCUCAUCCACAAGUACCGGCUGCAGGAGCUGGUGAGCGAGGCGGCCAAGCUGAAGUCGCUCGGCGCCAUGGAGUCGGUGCCGCCCGAGCGGCUGGUGCGCGCGCUCGGCAUCCUGGAAAUCAACGUGCGUGACGGCGCGCAGAUCACGCCGUUGGGCGAGGCCGACGAGGGCGAGGAGGAGAGCCGGCUCUGGAUGGAGAUCGCCAUGGAGCGCGUGGUGCGCGGCGCCGACGCCUCGCUUGUCAUCAUGUACAUCCUCACCUCGCCCGGCAUGCCCAAGCGGGUGUACCUGGAGGACUGCAUCGAGCGCGUCGUCAAGUUCAUGAAGUUCCAGCUGCAGAACACGGUGUACCCGGCCUUCGAUCCCGUCUACCGGGUGCCGUCCAAGAAAUCCUGUACCGCCAAGAAGAAGCGCGCGCACGCCAAGGACGUGCGCGACCGCAGCCUGUUGUCGCUCUACAACAAGCUGCGCGAGCUGGUAUCGCUAACAGCCGAGCUGCUCAACAUCCAGGUGCUGACGGACACGACCGUGCUGCAGGUGUCCACGUUGGGCGUGGCGCCGUUCUUCGUCGAGAACAUCAGCGAGCUGCAGUUGUCCGCGCUCAAACUCGUCACAACGAUAUUCUCCAAGUACCAGAAGCAUCGGCGGCUUCUUCUGGACGACAUCCUGGCCUCGAUCGCCCGGCUGCCCAGCAGCAAGCGCUCGCUGCGCACGUACAAGCUGAACUCUGCCGGCCAGGGCGACGGCGACGUCUACAUCCAGAUGCUGACCGCGCUGGUGCUGCAGCUGAUCCAGUGUGUGGUCGUGCUGCCCAACUACCUGGCGCGGCCCAGCCAGCAGCAGGAGGCCGCCGCCGACGACGAGGACGCCGAGUGUGAGAUUGACCGGGACGUGCUGAUCAUGGACCGGUACGACACGGCGAUGCGCACGGCGCACAGCUUCCUGUCGGUGUUCCUGCAGAAGUGCGGCAGCAAGACGGAGGAGAUCGACUACCGGCCGCUGUUCGAGAACUUCAUCCAGGACCUGCUGGCCACCGUCAACAAGCCGGAGUGGCCGGCGGCUGAGUGUUUGCUCAGUCUGCUCGGCAAGCUGCUGGUGACCAACUUCAGCAACAAGGGCAAGGAGAUGGCGCUGCGCGUCUCGUCGCUCGACUAUCUGGGCGUGGUGGCGGCCCGGCUGCGGCGCGACGCCGUCACCUCCACCGCGCGACCGGAGCUCAUUGAGGAGAUCAUCAGCGAGGUCAAGCGCGAGGAGCGCAAGCAGGAGGUCGAGCAGACGCUGGCCGAGACGGAUGCCGAGGAGGAGCGGACGCGCUUUCUGCAGCGCGUCAUGCUCGACUACCUGGCGGUGAGCGCCGAACGCGACCCGGCCCUGCUGCACUGCCGCCACUUCUACCUGGCCCAGUGGUACAAGGAGGCGCCCCAGGAGAUCCUGCGCCAGAAGCAGGGCCCGGCCGCCUCGCCGGCCAAGGCGCGCCACAAGAAGCGCAAGAAACGGCGUGCCAGCGCCUCCUCCGAGGAGGAGAGCGACUCGACCGACGAGGAGGGCGACGAGACGGCCGCCAGCGAGGAGCUGAAGCGCGAGGUGAACGCCCUGGUGGAGGGCCGCCGCCAACUGCUGCUCACCAAGGUGGCGCCGUUCGGUGAGGCCGGCGGGCGCGUCGGCAUCCGUACUCUGCAGACGUACCUCGACUACGACCACGCCGAGCUGCUCUGCCGCUACCUGGCUAGCAAGCGGCCCUUCUCGCGCAGCUUCGACGUCUACCUGAAGCAGAUCAUCCGCGUGCUGUCGGAGAGCGCGAUCGCGGUGCGCACCAAGGCGAUGAAGUGCCUGACGAUGGUGGUGGAGGCGGACCCGGCGGUGCUGGCGCGCACCGACAUGCAGAUCGGCGUGCACAACUCGUUCCUGGACCACAGCACGUCGGUGCGCGAGGCCGCCGUCGACCUGGUCGGCAAGUUCAUCCUGUCGCGGCCAGAGCUUAUAGAAAAGUAUUACGACAAGCUGUCGGCUAGGAUAUUGGAUACUGGUGUGAGUGUGCGAAAGCGUGUGAUAAAGAUUAUGAAGGACAUUUGUGUCGAGUGUCCCGACUUCCCAAAGAUCCCCGAGAUCUGUGUCAAGAUGAUCCGGAGGGUCAACGACGAAGAGGGCAUUCGCAAGCUGGUGAUGGAAGUGUUUCAGCUCAUGUGGUUCACGCCGGUGCGCGAGCGGGGCGAGCGGGACGACGCGGCGCUGCUGAAGAAGGUGAUGGACAUCACCGACGUGGUGGUGGCCUGCCGCGAGACGGGACUCGACUGGUUCGAGCAGCUGCUCAACACGCUGUUCAAGCCGAAGGAGGACAAGGAGGAUAGCACCAAGGUGGUGUUCGAGCCGCCCAAGUCGCUGCUGACGGCCAGCCGGCAGAUCGUCGACUGUCUGGUGCAGCACAUCCUGCGCAUCGAGGAGUCGGGCCUGCGGGACCGCGCCGCCGACACUGGCACCGCCGUCAGCCGCGGCAGCUCGCAGCGCCUGGUGGCCUGCCUCAACACGCUGUACAUGUUCGCGCGGAUCCGACCGCAGCUGCUGGUGCCGCACGCUAUCACCCUGCAGCCGUACCUCGCAGUCAGAUGUCAGACGCGUGGCGACUACCAGAUCAUCAGCCACGUGGCGCGAACACUGGAGCUGGUGGUGCCACUGAUCGAGCAUCCCAGCGACACGUUCCUGGCCGAGCUGGAGGAGGACAGCGUCAAGCUCAUCCUGCAGCACGACAAGACGGUGGUGGCCAGCUGCCUGGCCUGCCUCGGCUCCAUCGUCAACCGCGUCACCAAAAACUUCGGCCUCAUCCGCGACUGCUUCAGGAAGUACUAUAGCCAUCUGAAGUCGUACAAGCUGAUGCACGAGCAGCAGCCCAACAACCCCACGCUGGAGAAGCACAAGCCCUACUUCCGGCGAGCGCUCUUCACCGUCGGUCUGCUGCUGCGCUACUUCGACUUCGGCGACGAGCAAGUCAGGAAGGGCCUGAACGACGACAUCGUGGACGAGGUGCUGGAGACGCUGCUGUACUUCGUGAACCAGCCGGCGCCGGACAUGCAGAUGUUCACGCUGCAGGCGCUCGGCUUCAUCGUCAUCCGGCACUACGACAUGAUGCUGCGUGAGCGUGUCAAGCAGCUGUACCACGGCUUCCUGCAGGAUCCGGACGGCAACAAGCAGCUCAAGGCGCAGGUGCUCAUCAACCUGGAGACGUACCUGGUGGAGGAGGAGCGGCGCAUGGUGCAGCAGGACGAGGAGUGGUCGAAGCGCGCCAAGGAGGAGAACCUGAAGGAGAUGGGCGACGUGACGUCGGGCAUGGCGUCUACCGUGAUCCAGCUGUACCUGAAGCAGGUGCUGAGCUCGUUCCUGGACGCCUCGGUCACCGUCCGGCACGCGGCGCUCAAGGUGAUCCAGCUGAUCCUGGCGCAGGGUCUGGUGCACCCGGUUCAGAUCGUGCCCUACCUGAUCUGCAUGUCGACCGACCCGGACGAGCGUGUCUCGCACACCGCCGACAAGCAGUUGCAGGAGAUCGAGAAAAAGUAUCCGGGCUUUAUCCAGAUGAAGGCCACCGCCGGCAUUCGACUGUCGUUCGAGCUGCAGAAGAUCCUGCAGGCCGACUGCGAGACGACGCGCGGCCUGAAGCUGCGCGAGGGCGAGCCGCCGGCCGCCCUCAACGGCUUCCUCUACUCGAUCCUGCGCACCUCCAAACAGCAGCGGCGCGCCAUCGCCAUUUCGUGUCUGCGCAACUUCGACGAGCAGGCGAGGAAGUCGCUGCAGGAGCUGCUCUACCUGGCCGACAACCUGGCCUACUUCCCGUACCAGGUGGCCGACGAGGUGCUCUUCAUCAUCCACCAGGUGGACGUGAUGGUAUCGGUGACGGGCAGCACCAUCCUGCAGCUGGUGCGGGAGGCGCUGCUGCCGCCUGCCGGCCAGCCGGUCCGUCUGCACCCGAUGACCGGGCAGCCGCUGCCCUACGAGGACGACGACGACGAUGAUGACCACCUGCUGGAGCGGCUGCCGGAAGACCUGACCCCCAUCCGGGACGCGCUGGCCGCCUCUGAGGGCUGCAAUCUGUUGUUGGUCAUGAAGCAGCACCUCAAAGACUUUUACGGCAUCACAGACAAUAAGAUCUCACAAUACUCGCCGUCCGAGUCGGGCAAGGUGUACGAGAAGGCAGUGAACCGGCGGCCCAACGUGCUGUUCCGGCCGGACGUGACCAUCCGGUCGCUGCGCCUGCUGGACGCCGCCGCGCCGGCAGACGGCGCCGACGACGACCCGCGUCGCAAGCUCAUCCUCCAGUACCUGAACUUCAAGCGGCUAAUGCUGCACAUCGACCCGGCGGACGAGGAGGACGACGACGCUGACCGGAGCGCGGCGACCGCGUCCCGGCCGCCGACGGCCCCGCCGGCUCCGCUACCGCCCAUCAUCAUCUCGCUGGGCGCGCUCAGCAAGCAGGCGGCGGCCGCCUCGGCGACGGCCGAGCUGCGCAAGCAGCCGCCAUCUUCUGAACCACACAUUCCGUCCGUCGCGGCGGAGCCGCCUCGGGUAGCCAAGCUGACCAUCGUGCCGCUGCGCUUCCCCGGAGACGAGGCCGUCAUGCGACACCACAAGCACAAACAUAAAAAGUCCGACAAGCACAAGAAGAAGAAGAAAAAGAAGAAGCGCCGCGACAGCAGCGACGAGGAGGACGGCGAGAGCGAUGCGGCCAGCGACCCGGACUUCGCCGUCUGAGACGCGCCCGCCCGCGCCCGCUCGCUCGCUCGCCCUCUCGCCCGCGGCCAGAGGCCCGCCCCUCUCUCCUUUCCAGUACAAACUCUGGCAUAAUGCUGCUCAUCGAUCCAUGUCAUCGCGACACUCACGCGCGCGCGUCUCACACCGGGCCGGCGCGCGCGGCGCUCGCCGCCACCGCGCGCGCGCGCGCCCGAACUCGCCUCGUGUACAUACUCGUGUUCUGUACAGGUGCUGACUGCCGUUGGACGGCCGGCGCCGUCGUCGCCGGCACCGCGUGCGCUCCGGCCGGCCGAGGGAACAAGGGUGCCUAUACAGAAAUUAUGUCUAGACCACAAGGGACGGCGCAUAGAUUUUAUGAUAGGAUCCCGCGAGUAGUGAUCGAUAUUGUAUAUUGGGGCCGGACGUCAGUAUGCAAGGGCGCGUGCUAAAGCGGCCUCUCCGGACGGCGCCACCGCCUCAACCGUCGCCCCGACUCGGCUCGUUUUGUUGUGAUUUUGUAGUUGAUUUUCCAUUCAUGUAGCUAGAUGGUUGAGCUAUUUAUUUUCGAUUGAAACGUUCGUUUUUCAGCCGCCACGUCUAGGUCUUAUUCAAUAGACAUUUAUGUAUUUUGAUUAUAUUCUUUGAUACAUAAACCUCGAACCAUUGUACACA